AUGCUCUAUGACCAGGCUGUCCAAUCUGGGGCUAUGCCAGUGCCCGCCUGGUUUCUAGCCUCACCCGGUGUGGUGGCCCCUCCUGGCUUACUAUAUGGCUCGCCUAAUUCUACUUCCAACGUAGCUCCUAAUGCUUUUCUCAGUCCUAGCCAUCAGCUGCCAAAGGUAGGAGCCUCAUCAGCUGUGCCACAGGGUGUCUUGCCUCGAUUAGCAUCAAAUAAAUUACCGCCACCGCCUCCACCGCCUCCACCGCCGCCUUCACUUUCAGGAACCAUAGCAACUCCACAUAUACUUCCAAGUCGAUAA